AUGUCCCCCACAUUCAUUGGCCUGGUGUGUCUUGGAUUCUUUAUGGACAAGAGGAUCUGGGCAGAAGUGGGUGAUCACAAGAAGCCCACCCUGACUGCCUCGCCAAGUCAUGUGGUUCCUCAAGGACAACAUGUGAAACUUCGGUGUCAGUCUCAUUUUAGGUUUACCCUGUUGAGGGUGUACAAGGAACAUGGGCCCCUCGUCUCUAAGUUCCAGAAUACACGGUCUGGGAAAAAUUUCAUCAUAGGCCCUGUGACCCCAGCACAUGCUGGAAUCUACAGAUGUCAUGAUUUUUAUCAUAACUUCUCUACACGGUCAGCACCCAGUGACCCUCUGGAGAUCGUGGUUACAGGUGUGUACAGAAAACCCUCUCUCUUGGCCCAGCCAGAUCCCCUGGUGAAAUUGGGAGAGAAUGCAACCCUGCAGUGCUGCUCAAAGAUCAUGUUUGACACCUACAUACUAUACAAAGGGGAGGAAACCAAGGAUCCCUUGCGCCUUACUGGGAGACUCCAUGGUGGCGGCUCCCAGGCUGACUUCUCCUUGGGUUCUAUGACACUUGCCCAUGUGGGGACUUAUAGAUGCUACGGUUCUCUCAGUCACUCCCCCUAUGAGUGGUCGGUCCCCAGUGACCCCCUGAAGCUUGUGAUCACAGGUCUACACAAGAAACCAUCUCUCUUUGCGCAGCUGGGCUCUCUGGUGAAGUCAGGCGAGAACGUGACCUUGCGCUGCCACUCAGAGAGCUCAUUUGACACCUACCAUCUAUCCAGAAAGGAGGACACCCAUGAGUACUGGCUCCAUGGAGUGCAAAGCCACAAUGGUGCAUUCCAGGCUGACUUCCUUCUGGGUCCUGUGACCCCAGCCCAUGGUGGGAUCUAUAGAUGCUACGGGUCUUUUAACCGCUCUCCCUAUGCAUGGUCAGACCCAAGUGAUCCACUGCACCUUUUGGUCACAGAAAACUCUACAAGUAGUUCCCCAACACCUACAAAACCAAGCAAUCAAGCCGGUAACCUCAGACACCUGGACAUUCUGAUUGGUCUCUCAGUGGUCUUCCUCCUCCCUGCCAUCUUCAUUUUCUUCCUUAUUCAUUGCUGGUCCCCCGCCAAAAAGAUUGCCACUAUACUGAACAGAGAGCCUGAGGUGGACCGAGUGGUGAAUACGGAGGACCAUGAAGCAGAAGACCCACAAGAGGUAACAUACUCAGAGUUGAGUCAUUGGAUUCCCCAACAGAAAAUAAUCACUCCCACUUCAGAGGAUUCUGAGGACCCCUCAACUGAUUCCAUUGUGUACGUGGAACUCUCUCUACGCUAAGCCCAGAUCAAGGCAUGACUCCUAGCCCCUGAGCACACAUAAAAAGAUAUGGAGGGGUUCUCCCACGGACACCAUCCCUCCUUCUCAUAUCCAGCCUAUCAUCUCUGAGGUAACA